AUGACAUUACAUGUUCGCAAUCUUCCCCGGCUAAUAUCAUCACAGCCUGAGUACAUCCUCAAUCCAAUUACGGCCCUCGAGUUCUACCGUGCAGAAUCAGCCUCUCUCUUCAUCUUAGCUGGCGAAGGCUCUAUUUUGAAGAUAUUCGACGCAGAAACAUCAAAGCUACUAUGUCUGUGUGAGGUCUUCGAUGGCCAGGCGAUCCAUGGAAUUACUGCAGCUGCAAACCGCUCUGAUAAGCUACAGGUUGCCAUCUGGGGAGGAUCGUCCCUGACCUUGCUUGACAAGGACAGCUUCGAUCAGCUACUCGCGCAAGAGGUAAGCAGCAUCGUAUCCUCAGCUACCCCGGUGGCAGAUUGGAUUCUCGAUAUUGCUAUUUCCCCAGACGGGGAAGGCUGUGUCCUGAUCACUGCUCACAAUACAGUCCUCCUCGCCAGACCCUGUCCAAAGGAGACGGGAUAUGCAGUAGAAACACUCGCCUCGCCUUCCAGGUCCAUCUUGUAUUCUGCAGAUAUAAUUUGGGAGUCUCCUUCUCGCAUUUUAGUAGCUGCUGGUACGGUUUUUGGUGAGAUUAUUGUCUGGCAAUGCUCCACGUCUGGGAGAAGUCAGGUGCUGUUCACUUUCUUGGGCCAUGAAGGAUCGAUCUUCGGCCUCGAUAUUUCUGAUCGUGUUACCCAGAGCAGUGGGACCGUCGGCCGACUGUUAGCAAGUUGUAGCGAUGAUCGCACCAUCCGCGUCUGGAACCUAGCUACAACUACUUUGAUUUCGGACUCGGUUGCAAGCAGAGCCUUGCCGAUACGAGAGACUGGGUUCGGAGAGGACAGCAGCUCUAGUACAUCUCAAGCGAGCGAUAGAUGUAUUGCUACCGUCAUGGGUCACGCCUCCAGGAUAUGGCACGUCAAAUUUCUCUUGGAAACAGAUACCUCUGGUACCUUUGCUACAAGCGUCCUUUCGUUUGGUGAGGAUUCAACAACACAGAGGUGGUCUUUAAAUCUAGGAGGAAGUCUUGACGUCCACGUUCAAGGAGCAAAAGCCAUGAUGAGAGCAAAACCAUUAAGCACAACCGCUUAUACCGAUGGAGCUACCAAGCUCAGCCAACUUGAUACAUUUGCAUUCCACAGCGGUAAAAGCAUCUGGUCCACGGCGCUCUGUUAUCCCAGAGGAUCAGAAGUCUUGCUGGUAACUGGUGGUGCUGAUGGCAAAAUCUCGAAAUACAAUUUGAGUACGAAAGAUACAAAUUCGUGCCAUGAUAUUCUGUCAUCCAAAAUUGUAGGCGAGGAACGACAGAUUGGAUCCGAUAUGUGCAGCAUAGACAGCUCAUGUUCCAUCGACGAUGUACUGCCGGCAAACGAACCAACUCUGCCAGUGGUAGAAUGUGCAUUUACGGGUGUUCAACCGCCCCCAAUGCCAACCGGGGAUAGAUCUAGAGAAACAAAUUCAUCAGAGAGCAAAACUACCAAGCUUAAGAAGGCGAAGAAAGCUGUGAAGGAUGGUUUUAAUCGGUAUGCUUUCGUCUCCGAUAAACAGGUGCUUGCCACCACCAAUUUUGGGCGAGUUCUCCUAGGAAAUAUAGAGUCAAACAUUGCCUGGAGCGAGUUCAUUCUUCCCGAUUCAGUCUCACAGGAUCUCAGAUCGUAUACCGUGGUCAAGGGGAUCCCAGAACUUGGUUUGGUAUGCCUGGCUUGUGCUAACGGCAAGAUAUAUGCGUAUCGCCAAAGCCCGAGGCUCCAAUUCGUCGCAGAUGUUGAGGGAAAGGUUGCCGACAUGUUCAAGGUCUUCAACUCCGCGACUGGUUCGUUUGAGUUGCUCGUUACGACUUUAACAGGUCAUGCUGCUACACUAUUUUCUGUCGAGAAAUCUGACACCACGCUGCAAUUGUCCCCCAAGGCUUCUUGCAUCUUGCCAGAAAAGUUCAUUGUUACAAGUGCAGGAAGAAGUAACGGGUUCUUGAUCCUGGGUGCUAGAUCUGGAUUGCUGGCUCUCUACAGUACACAUAGUUCCGAGGAAGCCGUCAAUGUCUGGAGCCCCUAUAAUUCAUCAACCGCAGAUGCCAUUACCACCGUCCUUCAUUUGCCAUCGUCUGCUCUGGCCGGGAAUCCGGCCAGCCACUUCUUGACAACAGAUCGCACUGGAUCUUACUCGAUUUUCUCCUGUAUUCCUGGCUCCGCUGAAGAUGGUCCAAAAGCAACGGUGCGUUGCGUGCAUACCGGGAUUCUGCCAUUUGGACCAUUGAUCGAAGCAGCAUGGUUUCAAGGCGGCGACCUGUUUUUCUGCGGAUUCAAGAGUAAGAGCUUCAUCGUCUGGAAUGAGAGUAAACAAUACGAAAUCUCAAAUGUGGAUUGCGGCGGUGCGCAUCGUAGCUAUGCCUAUACCCCGGUGGGCCCUGUAGCUGGUGGCCACUUUGUCUAUACGAAAGCUUCCAAGCUUUGUUUCCGUUCCCAACCAAACCCAUCGCACACCAUUACAAAACCAGGUGGCCAUGGCAGGGAAAUCAAAGCCAGCGCUGUGUCUUCAGAUGGGAGACUGGUCGCUACUGGUGCAGAAGAUACUGCGAUUCGGAUAUGGCGCUAUGACGGGCGCUCUUCGCGUCUGGAUGCGAGACUUGACUGUAAGGCAAUUGUUCAAGGACACACGACUGGAAUUCAGCAUCUUCAAUGGCAUGGGUCAAAUUAUCUAUUCAGCAGCGGGGGUGCUGAAGAGUUCUUCGUUUGGGCAGUUCAGUCAAUCCCAGACUUUGGUAUCGGUGUCGUCCGCGAGGCCGAAUGUCCCGACAAGAGUGUGGACCAGGAUUUGAGGAUCAUGAGUUUUGAUGUUUCCGGACUGCCACAGUCCUGGAGUUGCUGUUCCGAUAAUUCUCUACUGAUUAGCCUAGCAUACUCUGAUUCAACGAUCAGAACUUAUGUAUACUCCCAGAGAGCCGGUUUUGAGUUGCUUGGACUAGGGAGAUAUAAGUCGACAUGCUUAACGCAAAUCCGACACCUACAGAUUAUCGAUAAUCGACUAUGUUUCCUGACCGCCGCAACAGACGGCAAUCUUACAUUAUGGAAGAGCGAAGUUGAAACUCGGUGUAGCGAAAGCUCUAGUCCGAAGCCUGUAAGGCAUGCUAUCGUUUCAAGCCGCAAGGUCCAUCAAAACUCCGUCAAGUCCCUCGACCUCGUCGUCAAGCCCAAGGAGAUCAUAAUCGCUUCCGGCGGCGAUGAUAAUGCGUUGGGCGUCUCCAUUUACCCAAUCCACGCCCUUGGAGACGUUACGGUACGCCCGAGCAUCUUUCUGCUGAAAUCUGCUCAAGCGGCCGCUAUUACUGGCAUCUCGAUUUUAUCUCACAAGUGUGACUUGUCUAACGCGGGGUCAUUCAGAGUUAUGUCCUCCGGUAACGAUCAAAGAGUCAAACAGUGGGAUAUACAACUCAACCGAGCAGAGCGGUCAAACAAAUCUACCGAAUAUGAGCUGCAGAUUUCCAAGACGGGCGAUGUGUUUACAUCCGUUGCUGAUGUGGGGGACUUGUCGGUCCUGCGUAAUGAUGGAUCCGGAAGGAGAAGAGUACUGGUCGUAGGCAACGGGAUUGAGAUUUGUCCCAAAAAUAGUUCGCCACCGUUAUCGAACGAGUAUUGUAUACAGCUAAGGGCGAAGCUUGGCCUUGAUCUUCUAAGCACUGGUUCUCUCCCAGAGCCGAUCGAUUCAAGGCGAAUCCUCUGGGGGAGGGGGUGCGAAUAUGGGGCCAACGCCUCCCACCGUCGCGAUGUCUAUACGGUACUACGUAUGUGCUUGUUUCUGGCGCCGACUGAAAGCGAGUGUACGACCAGAUAUCGGAAUCAUCUCAGGCCUUUAUUUUUAUUCCCCUCGACACUGAUAAGUACCGUAAGUACCGGUAUGCAGAAAGCUCUGAUUGUUCGUAUGUUUCGAGGGCCAGACCACCGCGCACCAACAGUUUUGGCUUCAUAUCACUCGUGCGGCCAGCUCACCGUAUCUGUCCCCAUGUCGAAAAAUCGACCCGAUUAUAGUUGUACGUACGUAGUAGUUGUCAAGUCAAAUUUACAGUACGCAGAGCCAACCUUUCAGAGCGUUGCAAUCUCUGUCCCUAGCCUAAAAGAUUGA